AUGUCGGCGAUGAACAACUUUCCUGCUGGAACUCGAGUCUCUUUCCAUGAGGCAUCCGGAACUGUAAGGACCGGAGCUGUGCAGUCUACGUCCCACCUUGCGGAUGGGACUUUGAUCGCUGUGGUCCAACCCGAUGGCGGAGGCGGCACAGUCAACAUUCCAGUCGCGGCUUUGAUACGCUCUGCGUGA